CUCUUUCUGCUCCCUUCCCCACCCCACCCCCACCCAGAGAAUAGUAAAUUGGUCUUUCUAGUUAGGUACCAUCCCAAGUGAGUGGCCCCAACAUAGGGUGGAGUGAGAGGUGGAGGAAACAAGGGCCACUCUAUUAUCAGACAACUGCCAAACUUGGCUUCUCACACACUAUAUAUGCCUAACAGCCCUAGCGGGGCAGCCAGUGGGUACAAACACACACUCAGACACCAUGGGGCACCCAGAGUUGGUGGUCAUCAGCCUGAUCUGCUGCCUAGCAGCUGCUAGUGCAGCAAAGUUGGGAGCCGUCUACACAGAGGGAGGCUUCGUUGAAGGUGUCAGUAAGAAGCUGAGUCUCUUUGGUGGCUCAGUGGAUAUUUUCAAGGGCAUCCCCUAUGCUGCUGCCCCCAAAACCCUGGAGAUCCCUGAGCGCCACCCUGGAUGGGAAGGAACCUUGAAAGCCAAGGAAUUCAAGAAACGAUGCCUUCAAGCCACCAUCACUCAGGACAACACCUACGGCAGUGAGGACUGCCUCUACCUCAACAUUUGGAUCCCACAGGGGAGGAAGGAAGUUUCCAGCAACCUGCCAGUUAUGAUCUGGAUCUAUGGUGGAGCCUUCCUGAUGGGGGCCAGCCAGAGUGCCAACUUUCUGAAUAAUUACCUGUAUGAUGGGGAGGAGAUUGCCACCCGAGGAAAUGUCAUUGUGGUCACCUUCAACUACCGUGUUGGGCCCCUGGGCUUCCUUAGCACUGGAGACUCCAAUCUGCCAGGUAACUUUGGCCUUUGGGAUCAGCACAUGGCUAUCGCAUGGGUGAAGAGAAACAUCGCAGCCUUUGGUGGGGACCCCAACAACAUCACCCUCUUUGGGGAGUCAGCUGGUGGGGCCAGUGUCUCCCUCCAGACACUAACCCCCCACAACAAGGGCCUUAUCAGGAGAGCCAUCAGCCAGAGUGGUGUAGCCCUAAGUCCUUGGGUCAUCCAGAAAAACCCCCUCUUCUGGGCCCAAACGAUUGCCAGCAAGGUGGGAUGCCCAUUGAAUGAUACCGCCAGGAUGGCCAACUGUUUCAAGAUCACUGAUCCCCGAGCUCUAACUUUGGCCUAUAAGGUGCCUCUGACAGGCCUGGAAUACCCUGUGCUGCAUUAUCUGGGCUUUACACCAGUCAUUGAUGGAGACUUCAUUCCUGAAGAUCCAGUCAACCUCUUUGCCAAUGCAGCUGACAUUGACUACAUUGCCGGCAUCAACGACAUGGAUGGUCACAUGUUUGCCAUGGUGGAUAUGCCCGUCAUCAACAAUGCCUUCAAAGACAUCAAAGAUGAAGACUUUUACGAGCUGGUCUCUGGCCUCACCCUAAUGAAAGGUCUUCCUGGUGCCACUGCCGCCUUUGACUUCUACACCCAAUCUUGGACACAAGACUCAUCCCAAAAGACCAAGAAAAAGACUGUGGUGGACUUUGAAACUGACAUCCUCUUUCUGGUGCCCACAGGGAUUGCCUUGGCCCAGCACCUUGCCAAUGCCAAGAGCGGCAGAACUUACAGCUACCUGUUCUCCCAUCCUUCUCGAAUGCCUUUAUACCCUGACUGGGUUGGGGCCGACCAUGCCGAUGACGUCCAGUAUGUCUUUGGCAAACCCUUUGCAACCCCCUUGGCUUAUCGGGCCCAGGACCGAACUGUCUCUAAAAGCGUGAUUGCCUACUGGACUAACUUUGCCAAAACUGGGGACCCCAACAUAGGCAAUUCUGCAGUCCCUACCCAUUGGGAUCCUUAUACUGCAGAGAAUGGCAGCUACCUGGAAAUCACCAAGAAAAUAGAUACUGAGUCCAUAAAACAGCACCUGAGAACCAACUUCCUGCAAUUCUGGACCCUCACUUAUCAGACCCUCCCCACAGUGACCAGUGAAGACCAAGUUCCUGACAUCAAAGUUGCUGAAGACAAAGUUCCCGAGGAUGACGCUCUUAUAGCUAUGGCAGCAGACUCUUGAGGUGACUGCUCCAUUUCUCAUAGUGGCUGACUUCACGUAACCCCCAAAUUGGUCCUGUGCCCAUUCACCAGGAAGUCAAGUGCCCAUGAGGGCCAGAAUCUAGCAGUGCCCACCCUGGCUUUCUGCCCCUUCCCCCUCACUGCCUUAAUAAAGUCUUGUUGCUGUCUAUCAUAUCUCAUUCUGCCCUUACUCUAAGGCAAGGGUAUUUAACCUGGGAUUUCAAAAGAGUCCACGAAUCUGGUUUUAAAAAAUAUUUUGAUGAAUUGUAUUUCAAUAUGAUUGGUUUCCUUUGGAAUCCUAUGUGUUUUAUGCAUUUUAAAACACUGAGAUAGGGUGCAUACAAAGUUAAGACUCACAAAAAUUAAGAACCCCUGCCCUAAGGGAAUUCACUCUAGAAUGAGGUUAGAUACCUGGGUGAGCAGUCUGCACUUGCUUCAGUGGGCAGGAAAGGGGACAGGGGCUGACAUGUCUUUGAAGACUAUUAGAAGAACGGGGAGUGUCUAGCUGGGCACUACUGGAUGCUCACCUGGGAAAAUCUACUGGAAGACAAAACAGAUGCAGUGGGUGAGGGAAGACUCAAAGGUGACUCCCUGCUCAUGUCUGGGAGACUGGGGAAACAGUGGUGACAGAUGGAAGUAUGAAAGGCUGAGAAGAUUCCUCCUGUUGGCCAUGAAGGUAUUUGAGGCCCUGGAGGGGAUGGGGACAGAAGGUACCCUUGGGGCCCAAGAUGAAACUGACCUAUUGAGUUCUUCUCAAUUGGGAAAGCUGUAUCCUGAAUAUGCUGCCCAGUGGCCUGGUCUGCUUUGGGGAGGGUGGGCCAGCCUGCUGAGUAUGGUCAUAGAAAAUACACUAGGAAUGGGAUAAGCAGGUUGUGUGUGUGUGUGUGUGUGUAGGGGGAUAAUGGAAAGAGCAUGGGAUCAGUAACACCAAAACCCAAUUUCAAGUCUCAGUUCUCUCACUAUCUGGUUCACUCACAAUAAUCUCCCUUCUCUUCUAUCAAUUUCACGUCUCUCUGAGAACAUACUGCAUUGUCUCCUCAUUCACUCUAAUCUCUGAAGAAAAGGUGGCCUUCCUCCUCAUUGCAGUUAACUCUUCUACAAUACCCUUGAUCCUAUGUCCUCUUAUCUUUCUUCGGCAGAUUGCCACUAGUAUGGUUUCCACUAUAAUAGUCUUUUCCUUUCUACUUGCACCUACAAAUAUGCUUGAAUGUCCCUUAUCUUUAAAAUAUCCUCACUCAAGUCCACUAUACCUACUAGUUGUCCUAUUAUCUUUCCUCCCCUUCCCAGCUAAACUCCUGGAAAAAGCCACCUAUACUCACUGUUUCCCUUUCCUUUUUUUGUGAUCUCUUCAAAACACUCUGCAAUCUGACUUCUGACCUCAUCUUUCCAGCUGAAACCAUGCUCUUCAAAGUUACAGUGAUCCCUGAAUUGCUAAAUCCAACAGCCUUCUCUCAGUCCUCAACCUCUCCACCAUUUGACACUGCUGAUCACCUGCUCCUGGAUUUUCAUGACUGCUCUCUUGGUUCUCCUACCUAUGUGGCCACUCUUCAGUCUUUGCUGGAGAAUUAGCAUGACAUAAUCACACUAUUAUA